UGUUGAAAGAGUUCUGAGUGACUGACUGAGUGACAAGGGCGGAGUCGCCGCAGAGGCCUAGUCGGCGAAGGUCCGCCCGGCGGUGGAGUUGUGUUUUCUGUCUGCCUGUCUCUCUCGGCGGAGCGGAUGGAGGAGGCGUCGGCCUGGCGGCGGGCGCCGGGGAGCGGCCUGAGGGGGCGGCUGAGGGACAAAGACGGGGGCGGCUCGGCGGGGCUGCACGGCAACAUGGCCGCCGUCACGCCCGACCUCUUCGAGGAGCCCUUUGUGGCAGAUGAAUACAUUGAACGCCUGGCAUGGAGGACUCCUGGUGGGGGUUCCCGGGGAGGCAUGGAAGCCUUUGAUCCCAAAAGAUUGCAAGAAGAAUUUGUAAAUCACAUAAACGAGCUGAAGUUACUAGAUGAAAGAAUACAAAGAAGAGUGGAAAAGUUAGAGCAGCAAGUCCAGAGGGAAGCGAAAGAAUUUGCCAAGAAGGUUCAGGAGCUUCAGAAAAGCAAUCAGGUUGCCUUCCAGCACUUCCAAGAACUCGAUGAGCAUGUCAGCUACGUGGCCACUAAAGUCUGUCACCUUGGCGACUUGCUGGAGGGGGUAAACACGCCGCGACAGAGGCUGGUGGAGGCCCACAAACUGAUGAAGUACUUUAAUGAGUUUCUGGAUGGAGAGCUGAAGUCUGACGUUUUCACCAACUCUGAAAAGAUCGAAGAGGCUGCUGAUAUUAUCCAGAAGCUGCAUCUGAUAGCACAAGAAUUACCUUUUGACAGGUUCUCUGAAGUAAAAUCCAAAAUAGCAAGUAAAUACCACGAUUUAGAGUGCCAAUUGAUCCAGGAGUUUACCAGCGCACAAAGAAGGGGUCAAAUCUACAGGAUGAGAGAAGUAGCCGCAGUCUUGCUUCACUUUAAGGGCUAUUCCCACUGUGUCGAUGUGUACAUAAAACAGUGCCAAGAGGGUGCCUACUUGCGAGGUGACAUAUUUGAAGAUACAGCAAUUCUCUGCCAGAACGUGAAUAAGCAGGUUGGAGAUAUAUUUAGCAGCCCAGAAACUGUCAUGGCCAAACUCAUCCAGAAUAUCUUCGAAAUCAGACUUCAGAGUUAUAUAAAAGACCAGCUGGAAGAACAUAAGAAGUCAGAUGCGGAACAGUAUCUUCAAAGCCUUUAUGAGUUGUACACAAGGACGACUAAUCUGUCAAGCAAAUUGAUGGAGUUUAACUUGGGCACUGAUAAGCAGACUUUCUUGUCUAAGCUUAUCAAAUCCAUCUUCGCUUCCUACUUGGAGAAUUACAUUGAGGUGGAAAUUGGUUAUUUGAGAAGCAGGAGCUCCAUGAUUUUGCAGCGCUAUUAUGACUCAAAAAACCACCAGAAGAGAGCCAUUGGAAGUGGAGGCAUUCAAGACCUCAAAGAGAGAAUACGGCAACGGACAAACCUGCCGCUAGGCCCAAGUAUUGAUACCCAUGGGGAAACGUUCCUGUCCCAAGAUGUAGUGGUGAAUCUCUUACAAGAAACUAAGCAGGCUUUUGAAAGGUGUCACAGGCUUUCUGAUCCUUCAGAUUUGCCAAAGAAUGCCUUCAGAAUUUUCUCUUUGCUUGUGGAAUUCUUAUGUAUUGAGCACAUUGAUUAUGCUUUGGAAACUGGAUUGGCUGGUAUUCCUUCUUCAGAUGCUAAGAAUGCAAAUCUUUAUUUCCUGGAUGUUGUGAACCAAGCUAAUACAAUUUUCCAUCUUUUUGACAAGCAGUUCAAUGACCAUCUGAUGCCACUGGUUAGCUCUUCCCCUAAGCUCUCUGAAUGCCUUCAGAAGAAAAAGGAUAUCACAGAACAAAUGGAGGUCAAACUGGACAUGGGUAUCGACAGGACGCUGAAUUGCAUGAUUGGGCAGAUGAAGCACAUCUUGGCGGCAGAACAAAAGAAGACCGAUUUCAAACCAGAAGAUGAGAACAAUGUUCUGAUUCAGUACACUAAUGCUUGUGCCAAAGUCUGUGCCUACGUCCGAAAGCAAGUGGAAAAGAUCCGGAAUUCCAUGGACGGCAAGAACGUGGACAGUGUGUUGAUGGAGUUUGGGGUCCGUUUCCAUCGGCUCAUCUAUGAGCAUCUUCAGCAAUAUUCAUACAGCUGCAUGGGAGGGAUGCUGGCCAUCUGCGAUGUGGCUGAAUACAGGAAGUGUGCCAAAGAGUUCAAGAUCGCAUUGGUGCUGCAGCUCUUUGACACACUCCAUUCCCUCUGCAACCUCCUCGUCGUAGCUCCAGAUAACCUGAAACAGGUCUGCUCAGGAGAGCAGCUGGCCAUUCUGGACAAGAACAUCCUCCAUUCCUUUGUACAGCUUCGCCUGGACUACCGAUCCACUCGUCUGGGCCGCCACUUCAGCUGAGACACAGUUACCAGAAGCAAGAACCAUGCUUUUGCUGGGACUCAACUUACUAGAUGUUACGGUCAUGGCUACUUUUUGAGAGGGAAAUGAAAUGGAGGUGAGGAGUACUCAGAAACUGAGUUUGUCCUCUUUUUUUAAACCGCCUUGUGACAUAAACAGUCAGCAGAGACUGAGCAAAAUGGCUUCCAGUUGCUGGUUUGUGACAACACACCACAAGGUGGCAAAUAAUACACGAAAACUUUGUUUUGAAUGGAAAAGACAUAAAAUUCCUAGCACUUAUCCAAAUGGAAAGACUUGGACAUCUUUGUGGAAACAAAAUGGAUUCUUGUACUACCAUAUUUUCACCCUAAUGCCACACACUAACACUGUACAGUUAAGGAGGUGGGGGUUCAGGGCAACAACACUCUCUCAACGAUAUUCCUUUAAUGGCUUUGCGCAGUUUCAAAAUGCAAUCCACCACAUGUAAAAAAAAUUGCUUGGGAUCUGUUGUGAAUGAGGUUGCAAUAUAUUGGGGGAGGUUAAUAUUCUUGGCCUGGCCACAUCUGGAGAGCUGUACUUGGUUGUUGAAAUGAACAAGUCUCUUCCCAUAAGCCUCUGUUCACUUGAAAUAAUUGGGGUUCUCCCACCUUAUAUAUUAUUUGGGAUAUUGAAGGUUUUUGUUGCCUUAUGCUUCUCAAUCUGUAUUUACCUGGAGCUUCUUAUGCUCCUUCUACACUACCCUAUAAUGCAGUUUCAAACUGCUCAGUGUAGACUUAGAUA